GUGAAUGAUUGCAUCACUCAAUGGCACUAAACUAUGGCUGCCUUUGGGUUCACUUCAAACACAUGUCUUCGCCAUCACUUGAAACACACAUUGAUUACUAGAUUUAGACAAUUGUCUGCACUCGGAGUCAACACAUCCAUCAAAGAGGAAGACAUGCCUAAAGACAAGACUGUAUUACUGGAGAAACUGCGACAAAAUCGGCUAAAAAGCGCCAAAAAGACGGCCAAUAAUAAAGUUGUUUCAAAUGUGUUUCAAUUGUGUGUUUUGGGCAACGGAUCCAAAGGCAAUCCAAGAGCUCUCUAUGUGCUCACCGAACGCAACAGCUAUCUAUUCAAUUGCGGUGAAGGCACACAACGUCUGGCCAAUGAACACAAACUCAAACUCUCAAAACUUGAAAACAUAUUCAUAACUAAACGUUGUGUCGAAAACAUGAGUGGAAUCGUUGGUCUGGCGCUCACGUGUCAGGACAUCGGUGUCCCUCUCAUCACACUUCACGGCCCCGAGAAGAUCGACCAAAUUCUCAGCCUUUAUAAUCACUUCUUGACCAAUGAAGUGUCAUUUGUAUACACGUGUAAACUGAAGGAUAGAGCGGGAGAACUGAUGAUUAAGAAAUGCAUUGAAUUGAAGAUACCUCCCGGACCACUGCUCGGCAAACUUAAAUCGGGUGAAGACAUUGUCUUAGCAGACAAUAGAGUCAUUUGUUCCAAAGAUGUUAUGGGACCCCAAGAAAAGGGACUUAUUUUUAUGGUACUCGAGUGUCCGUCCAUUCAUUAUAUCGAUUCUUUAGUUAAUAAUCAAACUAUUCUUCAAAGUGUGUCAAAUGAAUUGGAUUUGCUGUCAGCUGUCGUACACUUCACUCCUUCAGAAGUAUUUAAUGACGAGAGGUAUAAGAAAUGGAUGAACCGUUUUGGCGAUUCAGUCGAUCAUAUAGUUGUGAAUGAAGAUAAUCCUCAGCCGAGUCUAAUCGGUUCCAAUCGACUACAAAUUCAGCUCAAUUUAAUUGAUUCGACAAUAUUUCCAUUACUUUAUUGUCACGAAACCGAAAACACGAACGAAGAGACAAAUAAAGUGAAGAAUACAAACACAUUAUCGCGAUAUCAUUUGAGACCUUCUAAUCUGAAAGGAUUUGAUUUGGAAAAUAUCGUCAGUAUUGACACAAAUGCUAUCAAAGAAGAAGCCUUUGCUAUCACACCGUUUACCGAAAGCCUUAAGAAAUAUCACGAAUGGGAAUCACAACUCGUGAACACAACUCAAGAAUAUCCAGAAAUUAUAUUUUUAGGAACCGGUUCUGCGGUUCCAUCGAAAGUGCGGAACACGAGUGCCAUUUGGGUGAACAUCGAUUGCGAGACCGCUUUCCUAUUGGAUUGCGGCGAAGGAACGUUCGGACAGUUGUUCAGGUUUUACGGCACAGAAUGCGAUCGACGGCUCAAACAAUUGAAAGCCAUUUACGUGAGUCAUCUUCACGCCGACCAUCACUUGGGAAUUCUUAAUCUCCUUAAGAAACGCUCGUCCAUCACAUCGGAACCGCUGCUGAUGAUUAUACCACCGGCUGUCAUCAAUUGGCUCGAGAACUAUCACCAAUGCGUGGAACCGAUCGCACAUUUAUUUGAAAUCAUAAACAAUAAAAAGUUUAUAUCAGAAAGCGAUGAAAGAGUGUUGAAAAGACUGCGAUUAAGGGAAUUGAAGACAUGUUUGGUUCCUCAUUGUUCGCAUAGUUAUGGCCUUUCGUUCACUACUAAUAGCGAACCAAAUAGUGUUAAAAUAGUGUAUUCUGGCGAUACUCAGCCGACACCCAAUCUGACCAGAAUUGGCCGAAACUGCGAUCUAUUGAUUCACGAGGCGUCGAUGGAGGACGAGCUCGUAGAUGAGGCCCGACUCAAGUUUCAUAGCACCACAUCCGAGGCCAUAGACGUGGGCAACGAAAUGGGCGCUAAGUUUACAAUUUUGACUCAUUUUAGUCAACGAUAUUCAAAGAUUCCGGUGUUUAACGAGAAUUUCAGCGAUAGAGUGGGAAUCGCUUUCGACAAUAUGAGGGUUCGCUUCUCAGAUCUUCAGAAAUUGCCAAAAAUGAUUCCAACUCUCAAAUGCCUUUUCGUCGACCAGAUUGAAGAACAUAAGGCCAGAAGCGCUAACCUUAUGAGGAAAAAGCAAUUAGUAUCUCAACAUCGCGCCAAUCGUCAAACAUAA